CGCGAGAGGCGCGUGGCCAUGGCGAGGGAGGCUGCCGCCGCCUCCCACCGAGGCGGCGCCUUGAAGCAGCAGAACAAGCCGCACAAAGCCGGGAAGCACCGUGGCAGCCCCACGCGGAGGCAGGGAGGGCGGGUCUCCGUCAAGACCCUCACUCGGCAGGCGCACCGCAACCUGUCAAAGCAGGACCGCAAGCACCGGGCGUGGCAGCUCCGCCAGCGGCGCAAGGAGGCUGUGUUGGAAGAAAAGCGGAAUUUGGGGCACAAGGAUGGGCCCCCACACCUGGUGGUGCUGGUGCCGCUGCACGCUGCCGUUGACCCCUGCGCUGCCUUGAGCCUCUUCCAGAGCAACGAGGCUUCAGUGGUGUUCCCGGCAAAGGGGGGGGCACCUGGUUUUGCCCUGCUGUGCCCCCGGUCCAAGCUGCGCUGGCGUUUCGCAGUGGCUGAUGCAGGAAGUCUCCAUGCUGUGCUGGAUCUUGCCAAAGUAGCCGAUACCCUCCUUUUUGUGCUUGAUGCUGCAGAAGGCUGGGACGCCACUGGUGAUCAUUGCCUCUCCUGCAUCUUUGCUCAGGGCCUCCCCAGCUAUGGCCUCGCUGUUCAAGGUCUGGCUGAGCAGCUGCCAAAGAAGCAAAUUGAUUCUCGGAAAAAGCUGAGCAAGGCUGUUGAGAAGCGAUUUCCCGGGGCCAGGCUUUUUUCUCUCGGCACGGAGCAGGAGUCUGCGCUGCUACUGCAGCACCUGGCCAGCCAGAAGCAGCAACACUUGGCAUUCCGAGACCGGCGGGCUCACCUGCUGGCUGAAGCUGCCGAAUUUGUGCCCAGCUCUGACAGUGCCUUGGUGGGGACCUUAAAGGUGUCUGGCUAUGUGAGAGGACGAAGCUUGGACGUCAACACCCUGGUGCAUCUUGUUGGGCAUGGAGACUUCCAGAUGAGUCAGGUGGAUGCCCCCCGGGACCUCUUUGCCCUGAACUUCAAGUUCUCAGGAGGACAGCUGGCAAGUAGGAAGAAACAGGACGACCUUAUCAGCAGUGUCACUGAGAUGGAGGAAGAGAUGAAGGUGCUGAGCAAGGCUGAUCCUGGCAAGCAGGAGUCUCUGCAGUCGGAAGUGGUCCCAGAUCCAAUGGAAGGAGAGCAGACCUGGCCCACGGAGGAGGAGCUGAGGGAGGCAGAGGAAUCUCUUAAGCAGAGCAAGAAGGUUGUCAAGAAGGUUCCCAAAGGCACAUCUGCCUACCAGGCUGCCUGGAUCCUGGACAAGGAAGAAUGGGGAAACGGCAGUGAGGAGGAGGAAGAAGAGGAGGAGGAGGAGGAGGAGGAGGAUAUUAUGGAAGAAGCGGUCUCCCAGAAUGGGAGCAGCAGUGCAGAGGAGACUGCCGAGGAGGAGGAGGAGGACUGCGAAACCAUGACGUUGCCUGAGACCGAGCCAGCCGAGGAGAAAAUGGAGGAAGAAGAAGCAAUGCUGGAGAAAUAUCGACAGGAGCGGCAAGAAGAAAUGUUUCCAGAUGAGGUGGACACCCCCCGGGAUGUGGCAGCCCGGGUCCGGUUCCAGAAGUUCAGGGGACUGAAAAGCUUCCGAGCAUCUCCUUGGGAUCCCAAAGAGAACCUCCCCAGGGACUAUGCCCGGAUCUUCCAGUUCCAGGACUUUUCCCGGACGAGGAAACACAUCUUCCGGCAGUUGAAAAAAGAGGACAUGACAGACGGAGCCCAGGUAGGAUGGUACGUUACGCUCCACCUUUGCAACGUCCCGGUUUCUGUUAUGGAGAGUUUCCAGCAGAAGCAGGAGCCUCUGGUGCUUUUCACAUUGCUUCCCUAUGAGCAGAAGAUGUCUGUGCUGAAUCUGCUUGUGAGACGCCAUCCAGGAUACAGUGAGCCAGUCCAGUCCAAAGAGGAUGUGAUUGUCCAUUGUGGAUUCCGCCGCUUCCGGGCCUCCCCUCUCUACUCUCAACACACUUCAGCGGAUAAACACAAGCUGGAGAAGUUUUUGCAUGCUGACAGUGCUGUGGUGGCCACAAUCUAUGCCCCCAUCACUUUUCCACCUGCUUCUGUGCUGCUCUUCAAACAGGACAGUAAUGGAGCACAUAAUCUCUUGGCUACAGGCUCCCUGCUCAGUGUAGAUCCCAACCGGCUGGUCAUCAAACGGGUGGUGCUCAGUGGCCACCCGUUCAAGAUCUUCAGCAAGCUGGCAGUUGUGCGCUACAUGUUCUUCAACAGAGAGGAUGUCCUGUGGUUCAAACCAGUGGAGCUCCGGACCAAGUGGGGCCGCCGCGGCCACAUCAAGGAGCCUCUGGGAACCCACGGUCACAUGAAAUGCCAGUUUGAUGGGCAGCUGAAGUCCCAGGACACGGUGCUGAUGACCUUGUACAAGCGGGUCUUUCCCAAAUGGACAUUCGAUCCCUAUGUGCCAGAGCCAACGAGGUGGAGGGACUGCAUCCAGCCUGGCCUGGAUGAAGAGGAAAAAAUGGACUAGGGGCUCAAGUUGAGCAACUGUUUAUCACAGGGGAAAGUACUAUUUGCUGCAAGAAUAAACUUCUGGGUUGUUUAGUA